UCCAGCCUCUGUCAUGGAAUAGUACCUCUUAACCAGAAUUGUUUAUGUUGCUUGUAUUUCUUUUAACUCUGAAAUUAUUGCAAAAUAUUUCCCAAUAUUUCUCUUACGUUCGAGUUCACCAAACAGAAACAUGAGUCACGCAACCCUUAAACGAUCGUAGAAAUUACGAAUACGAAUACGAUGGAAACACAAAGUAGAGAAACAGAAUAUGACAGACAACACGAAAUGAAGUGUCGACGAUGCAAUCUUAAUUUAGUUUUGACACGCUAUAACAUGACGGUAUGGCAACUCAUACAUAUAUAGAUAUACACUCGUGUAAGAGUAUAUGCAAUCUAACAGUCAUCGUUACGAAAAAAUAUUGCUGAGAAAGAAAAUAUUUAUCGAUAAAUAGAAAUGACACGAUGAGUAGGAAAUUUGUCUAAUUAGUGAAUCGAAGUAACGCAAGUUACAGUGGGUAAACCAAACGUGGAAUCGCAUUUCGAAGUUUCGAAUUUGAACGUGGCUGGCGUUAACGGCGCCAAAAAUCAUUCUUGAAGCUUACUCGGAAAAAUAAAAGGUUCGAGGUGGACAGUAUUUUGAUUUAACGAGAAAAGUUGAAGGAAUCAAGGAUGUCAGGCGUACACAGACAGGCGUUGGACUCGCUGCAGCCUGGCGCGCAAAAUGCACUCGUCAUCGGCAUUAUCAUAAAUAGCUUCAACAUGAAAACUAUCGAUGCCGCCAGAACUAGGUUCAAUCAUGGCGAACGAGGCGUAUGGACAUUCAUGUUGCGCGAUUCCAAGGAAUAUUCUAUAAACGUGACCGUAUGGGGGAGCGUACAAUACGUGACAAAAUUAUCCUCGGAAUUUCAUAUCGGCAGCGUAGUGGAAGUGAUCAAUCCGAAAGUGAUGGAGCGUCGUCCAGACGACAGAAAUGAGCUUUUCGUGCCUUCUGCGACAAGCUCGUGCAGUUUGACGGUGAACGAGGGCAACGCGUUGGUGCAAUCCCAUGACGCACCAACACGUGCAAUGUAUGAACCGUUGCUGAGGCUCCCGAUUAAGAACCCGACCGAGCUGCGAAGUCUGAAAAGCAUAUUUGAGAACCUGGAGACGCUGCGCGAUCAAUACGUUGACGUCUUGGUCGUCGUCACGUUUGUACGUUUCGAACGGAUCGAGAAGUCGAUCAAGCUACCGUUUAUCGAUCAUAACAAAUUUAACUGUAUCGUACAUUCUUUGUUUCUCCGAACGACUUGGACGCAAACGAUGUAUACUUUGCAUGGCCAACAGGUUGGCGAUAUUCGUAACGUGAUGACCCGAGACGGAAGGAACAUAAAGUUCCGGAAGUUCGAAGUAACGGACGGGUCGACGGAAGACGUGGUGUCGUUCGUACUCUGGGACAACGAAUGGAUCGAAAGAGCAGCUUUCUGGGAGCCGAAACGGACUGUCCUUUUUCUCGCGGACGCCCGUAUCGCGUAUGAUAAUUUCAUGAAGAAAACUGCCUUGUCCAUAGCUAGGAAGACAGUGAUCACGGAAAAUCCGGACGUGCCCCAAACGACAACUAUAAGGAACUCGAUAAAAUAUUAUGAUCUAGACACGAUGUCUGGGAGCUCGUUCGCGCCGCCAAAUCCGGAUACCAUUACCAUCGUGAUGACCGUGCAAGAUAUCUCGAACAAAUUGAACAAAAAACCGAAACAAGGAGAGAGAAUCCAGUUUGCGACGAUUUUGAAGGCCUACGUGCUUGACAUAAACGUGGACAGCCUUAGUCCAAGAAUAAUAUCCAAAAGAUGCGCGUUAUGCAAGAGAAUCGUUCCCGACGAUCAGGACUCGUGUAUGGAUCUCGAGUGUCCAUCAGGCAACGGAACCCGUGCACCUAUGAAUACAAAAAGUUUCAAUCUAAAGGUGAACCUGAAAGACGACACUGGAUACCUUAUUGGCUGCAAAUUAACCGGUGACGCAGCUGAACGCGUUCUCGGUUGUACCACCACCGAGUUUCAGGCAAUGAUACUUCCUCAACGUGAAGAUUUAAAAUGGAAAUUUGCGUUGGAAAAAUGCGACAUCCGGUUGCACAUACUCGGUCCAACGACCGACUUCCCGAAUGCCGUGUACAAUAUUCUGUCGAUCACUCGAAACGAAGAGGAAGACGAUGGAACAGACGCGCUCAACGAGUGUCUCAACGCGAAUUUUUAAUUACUUUUCACAAAUUACCAUCGUUAAAAAUUAACGAAUAUAUCGUAACAUUUUAGAACGACUCCAUUGUUAAGGAAAGUUUUGUAAUUAUAUGUUAAUGUACAAUAACGACAAGAGAAAAAUAAAUCUUUUAAAUUAAA